CGGGCACCGCCCCCUGCUCGCCUGGCGGCGCGGCGGCGGCGGGCGGGAGCGGCGGCGAUGGCGGACAGCGCCAGCGAGAGCGACACGGACGGCGCCGGCGGCAGUGGCGGCGGCCCCGCGGGGCCGCUGACGGCGGGUGGGCCGGCGGCGGGGCCCGGCUCGGGGGUGGCGAGCAGCGGCUCGGGGGGCAAGGCAGGAGGGAUCGUGAUCUCGCCGUUCCGGCUGGAGGAGCUGACGAACCGCCUGGCCUCGCUGCAGCAGGAGAACAAGGUGCUGAAGAUCGAGCUGGAGACCUACAAGCUCAAGUGCAAGGCGCUGCAGGAGGAGAACCGCGACCUGCGCAAGGCCAGCGUCACCAUCCAAGCAAGGGCAGAGCAAGAAGAGGAAUUCAUCAGUAACACUCUAUUUAAGAAGAUUCAAGCUCUGCAGAAAGAAAAAGAAACACUUGCAGUAAACUAUGAAAAGGAAGAGGAAUUUCUCACUAAUGAGCUGUCAAGAAAACUGAUGCAGCUGCAGCAUGAGAAAGCUGAAUUGGAGCAGCAUUUAGAGCAGGAACAGGAAUUUCAAGUGAACAAACUGAUGAAGAAGAUCAAAAAGCUGGAAAAUGAUACAAUUUCAAAGCAGCUCACCCUGGAGCAGUUAAGACGUGAGAAGAUUGACCUUGAAAAUACUUUGGAACAAGAACAAGAAGCACUAGUGAAUCGUCUCUGGAAGAGGAUGGAUAAACUUGAAGCAGAAAAACGAAUUUUGCAGGAGAAAUUAGACCAGCCAGUAUCUGCUCCACCAUCACCCAGAGACAUAUCAAUGGAGAUAGAUUCUCCAGAAAAUAUGAUGAGACAUAUCAGAUUUUUAAAGAAUGAAGUGGAGAGGUUGAAGAAACAACUGAGGGCUGCACAGUUACAACAUUCAGAGAAGAUGGCACAAUAUUUAGAAGAGGAGCGGCAUAUGAGAGAAGAAAACUUGAGACUUCAAAGAAAAUUACAGAGGGAAAUGGAACGUAGGGAAGCACUCUGCAGGCAACUGUCAGAAAGUGAAUCCAGCUUAGAAAUGGACGAUGAAAGAUAUUUUAAUGAGAUGUCUGCACAAGGAUUAAGACCUCGCACUGUGUCCAGUCCUAUCCCUUAUACACCCUCACCAAGUUCUAGCAGACCUAUAUCACCUGGUCUAUCAUAUGCAAGUCACACAGUUGGUUUCACACCACCAACUUCACUGACUAGAGCUGGAAUGUCUUACUACAAUUCCCCAGGCCUGCAUGUACAACAUAUGGGACCAUCCCAUGGUAUUACAAGGCCUUCACCACGAAGAAGUAACAGCCCUGACAAAUUUAAACGUCCCACUCCUCCUCCUUCUCCAAACACGCAGACCCCAGUGCAGCCACCUCCGCCACCACCUCCGCCACCUGUGCAACCUACGGUCCAAUCCGCAGCAUCGCAGUCAGCCACUUUUCAACAUUCAGUGCAUCCCUCCUCUCAGCCUUAGUGCAUGUGCUCAGCAGUCUUUAUGUCGGAAUUGGACUCAUAACAUGGAGCAGUUUACUAAAAGCCAAAGGCUUACUUGGCAUAUUUGGAUUUGACUUAUUUGCACUGAGGUUAUAUAGGCUUCACUGUUAAUUGUGUUGUAAACGUUUGUAUAAACUGCAGCCAGUGUUGUGGGUCUACAACACUAACUUAACAAAGUUUUCCAUCAGUGUUUACUUGAACUACAUGUAUGUCCAUUUUCUGGCUGGAACAUUUGCUACUCUGUUUGGUAAUACGGCAUUAUGUCGUUUUGCUUGGCUCCAAAGCUUCAUUUUCCUGGCUUUUAGGUUUGUAAAAUUAAAGGGAUACCUUUUUAUAUUUUUUCAUGACAAUUUGCAGAAAACUAAAGGCAUGAUGGGCUCUAUGAUGAAUUCUGAAACAUUACAGUGUUUACCAAGCUUAUGGAAAAUCAGUACUACGUUUCGUAACAGCUUCUAGUGCAAAAGUGAGUCAGACACCCUAAUCAGUGCCCAAGACACAUGUUUUAUUGUGUAGUGAAUAAGCUUAAUUCAGCACACAGGACACAUCCAUACUUCUGUUACAAGCACCUCAAAUGUUAUGGUACAGUCAGAAAAUUUUACAGUGAGGGAACUGGCUUGUUGGAGUCUGUGGAAUGUACAAUUCGUGGACCUUAAGAUUUGAUGAUUUCACUUGACAUUUACGUUAACCUGUAAGCUGCCCAUACUGUGUGAUCUGUCACAAUUAACUUCGGUAAGUGUGGUCCUGCCCACAGGUUACUGAUAGCUGAUUAAAGUGUGCUCUUUGAUUUUUUUGCUGCAGAAGGCAAUGUGAUUGUAGAGAACAGCUGAUGAUACUUUUUUCCUUGUUAAAAUAUAUUAAUUGUGAUUCCCCUGAAGCAAAGUUUGAACAGGUAUUUUAAAUGUUCAAAAGUCUGUUAGAAAAUAAGAUACGAGGGUAUAGGAAUAUAUUGGCAUAACAGCCAAAAUGUUGUAUUGCUUGGUAGAAACAGAGUACAAGAAAGUAGCACAACAUGGCACUAACAAAUGCUUCUUUAGCAGCCUAAGCCGGUACAAUGUAUAAAAGAAAUGUAUUCUGAAUACAUUCUUUCCAUUCAUUUAGCACAAAUAAAUUGGUUUCACUUUGCAGUGGAACAAAGUGUCACUUCUUGAUAUUGACAUCUUACUUGGUUCCAUUUUUUUGAGGUUCCUGUGGAGUACUGAGGUUUAUACAUUAUUGAUGAUUUUAAAUGGUUUACCUCAUAUAUAUGUGGAUAUGUGGGCCAUGGAAAAUGACAAGAGAAUGUUUAUUUUAUGAGAAUAUGUAUGUGGCUAUAAUCAAAGCAGAACAUGAGUAAUUUAUCUUUUGUUUACAAAAGUUUGUUUGACAUGCCUAGUGCUUUAUUAAGGACAUUUUAAAGAAGGAAGUACAGCAUUCUGGUGGUAUACUAACACUUGUACAUAUAUUUUUGUGUUUGCCGCUCACCUAUUCAGUAAGAAUUGAAAACUAAAAAUCUUCAUUAAAAUUAGUGCUCUAAAUCAGAAUAGUAACUUGAUGUUGCAAAAGGCUCCACUUCAGGCAAAACUAGAAUUUCUUCAUGGUAGCUAUGUAGUUUCAGCUCUGAGAAGAUUUAGAGAAAUGCAUAUCAAGUCUAUUACACUUCUUAAACCAAUAUGGGAUCAAGUGCAUUAUCAAAUCACAUUCGUUAUGGUACUAAUGAAGUGAUUCUCAAGAUAGUUACUUACCUAAAAUUUGACCAGUGAUUCCAUCUGAAAAUCAUUGACUAGCAGAUGCUCACCUUUCCAGAGAGGCAAUUCAGCUGUGAGCAUUGUAAUUAAACAGAACUCCUGAAUCGGUGGUAGGAUUACAUGUGAGAAAAUUACAGGCAGUCAGAGGUGGGACUGAGGUCAGGAUAAGAUUGAUUUAGUUUUCCGCUUGUCCUUUUGUAAACAUAAGAUGAAUUAAAAAGUAUAUUCUUUUAUAAGUAGGAUUCUAUCUCAAACAUACCACUGUUUGAAAUGGUGCCCCCCUUUCUGAAGUGCUUUGAGGUUCUUGGACAUACUCUACAAGAGCGGAAAUUCAGUGAUGGUAGUGUAAGUGCAGGGGGAGAGAGGAGAGGUUUGAGAGUGUUGUUUUAAGAUCUUAAAAUGGAAAAUUGCCUAGAAUAAUUUACAUUUGAAGCAUAUUCCAAAACUGAAUUUGUGUAACCCAAGUUCAGCUGCUGUUAUAAAGUGUCUUAACGAACUCUCCUUAUUAUCUCAGUAGGACUGUUACCAGAGGAAAGUAAAGAACUGACAAAUGUAUAUUAAAUCUUGAAAGUGUAACAAGGCACUAAAUUGGCCUUACCUGAGAACAUUGAACAAACAUUUGCUUGCAAUCAGAAGUGUUAAGCUCUACUUGUAGACUUUUUGAAUAAGAUGAGACAUUGUGCACAACCAUCUCCUAAUAAAUGUAAAUGGAUUUUCAAUUUUCCUUGUGAAUUAUAUUCAUGAAUUAUGA